AUGCACUUUUUCUCCUACAACUUCUGGAAGGAGCUGCCGAUCUGGACGCUGGAGAGCAGCGUCCUGGGCCAGGAGAAGGGCCGGGGAGAGCAGGACCCGUCCCAGGACCCGCAGACCGCCCGCCUGCCUGCCCGCAUCAGGGAAAUCGUCACCCGCCACCUCUCCCAGCCUGAGAUCCCAGUUCCGUUGCCAGCUGCAGAGAUGGCGUCGCUGCUGUCACUGCAGGAGGAGAACCAGCUACUGCAGCAGGAGCUGUCCCGUGUGGAGGACCUGCUGGCCCAGAGCCGCGCCGAGCGCGAUGAGCUGGCCAUUAAGUACAACGCGGUCAGCGAGAGGCUGGAGCAGGCUGUGCGGCUGGAGUCUGGGGAGCUGGAGACGCAGGAGCCCAGGGGGCUGGUACGGCAGAGCGUGGAGCUGCGGAGGCAGCUGCAGGAGGAGCAGGCCUCCUACCGGCGCAAGCUGCAGGCCUACCAGGAGGGCCAGCAGCGACAGGCCCAGCUAGUGCAGCGGCUGCAGGCCAAGAUUCUCCAGUACAAGAAGAGGUGCUCGGAGCUGGAACAACAGCUGCUGGAGAGAUCGGGAGAGCUGGAGCAGCAGCGGCUGAGCGUGGGUACCAGGGUGCGCCCACCGAUCCCCUUGGUCCUGCCCAGGAGCGCCAGCCUGGCCCAGGUGAAUGCCAUGCUCCGAGAGCAGCUGGACCAGGCUGGCUCAGCCAACCAGGCUCUGAGCGAGGACAUACGAAAGGUGACCAGCGACUGGACACGCAGCCGCAAGGAGUUGGAGCAGCGGGAGGCGGCAUGGAGGCGCGAGGAGGAGUCCUUCAACGCCUACUUCAGCAAUGAGCACAGUCGCCUGCUUCUCUUGUGGAGGCAGGUGGUGGGGGUCCGACGGCAGGUCAGCGAGGUGAAGAUGUCCACCGAGAGGGACCUGCUACAGCUAGGUGGGGAUCUGGCCCGGACGUCCCGGGCUGUCCAGGAGGCAGGCCUGGGGCUGAGCACGGGCCUGCGGCUGGCGGAGAGUCGGGCCGAGGCGGCCCUGGAGAAGGAGAACCUGCUGCAGGCCCAGCUGGAGGAGCAGCUGCAGCACAAGGCACUCCGUGAGAAGGAUGUGGCCCAGCAGCAGGCUCAGAACGCGCUGGACAAGGCUGAGCUCAGUGCCAGAGUGACAGAGCUGACCUUGGAAGUGGAGAAUCUUCAGAACCAGAAUCUGGAGAAGGAUCGGGCCAACAAGACCCUCACGGAGAAACUUGAGGCCCUGGGCCCGUCCCCCGCCUACUCCGACUCCUCCACGCUGGCCCUGAUCCAUUCCGCCCUGCACAAGCGCCAGCUGCAGGUCCAGGACAUGCGUGGGCGCUAUGAGGCGAGCCAGGACCUGCUGGGCACCCUGCGGAAGCAGCUUAGUGACAGCGAGGGUGAGCGCCGUGCCCUAGAGGAGCAACUGCAGCGGCUGCGAGACAAGACCGACGGGGCCACCCAGGCCCAUGAGGACGCACAGCGCGAGGCCCAGCGUCUGCGGAGCGCCAACGAGCUCCUGAGCAGGGAGAAGGACAGCCUGGCCCACAGCCUGCAGGCGGCCCAGCAGCAGGCCGAGGAGCUCCUGCGGGAGCAGGAGAAGCUGCAGGCGGCGCAGGAGGAGCUGCGGCGCCAGCGGGACCGGCUGGAGGAAGAGCAGGAAGACACCGCGCAGGAGGGUACACGGAUGCGCAGGGAGCUCGAGCGCAGCCACCGACAGCUGGAGCAGGUGGAAGUGAAGCGCUCAGGCCUGGCCAAGGAGCUGGUGGAGGUGAGGGAGGCACUGAGCCGUGCCACGCUGCAACGGGACGUGCUUCAGGCUGAGAAGGCCGAGGUGGCCGAGGCGCUGACCAAGGCUGAGGCCGGCCGCGUGGAACUCGAGCUCUCGAUGACCAAGCUGAGGACAGAGGAGGCCUCUCUGCGGGACUCCCUGUCCAAGCUGAGCGCCCUCAACGAGAGCCUGGCCCAGGACAAGCUGGAUCUGAAUCGCCUGGUCGCCCAGCUGGAGGAGGACAAGGCAGCCCUGCUGGGCCGGCAGCGGCAGGCAGAGCAGGAGGCCGCUGCAGCCCGGGAGGGGCAGCUCUCCCGGCAGCUGAGCGGGCGGGAGCAGGAGCUGGAGCAGGCCCGGCGGGAGUCGCAGCGGCAGGUGGAGGCGCUGGAGCGAGCGGCCCGGGAGAAGGAGGCGCUGGCCAGGGAGCGGGCCGGCCUGGCCGUGCAGCUGGCAGCCGCAGAGCGUGAAGGCCGGACCCUGUCGGAGGAGGCCACACGCCUUCGCUUGGAGAAGGAAGCCCUGGAGAGCAGCGUGUUUGAAGUGCAGCGGCAGCUGACCCAGCUCGAGGCCCGCCGGGAGCAGCUGGAGGCUGAUGGGCAGGCCCUGCUGCUGGCCAAGGAGGCCCUGACGGGGGAGCUGACGGGCCUGCGGCAGCAGGUGGUCACUGCAGAGGAGAAGGCGGCUCUGGACAAGGAGCUGAUGGCCCAGAAGUUGGCGCAGGCUGAGCGGGAGGCCCAGGCCUCUCUGCGGGAGCAGCGGGUGGCCCACGAGGAGGACUUGCAGCGACUCCAGCAUGAGAAGGAGGCAGCAUGGCGGGAGCUGGAGGUUGAGCGGGCCCAGCUGCAGAGCCAGCUGCAGCGGGAGCAGGAGGAGCUGUUGGCCCGGCUGGAAGCCGAGAAGGAAGAGCUGAGCGAGGAGAUCGCGGCCUUGCAGCAGGAGCGUGACGAGGGCCUCCUCCUGGCCGAGAGCGAGAAGCAGCAGGCCUUGUCUCUGAAGGAGUCCGAGAAGACGGCGCUGUCUGAGAAGCUGAUGGGGACACGGCACAGCCUGGCCACCAUCUCCCUGGAGAUGGAACGGCAGAAGCGAGACGCCCAGAGCCGACAGGAGCAGGACCGGAGCACCGUGAAUACCCUGACGUCCGAGCUGCGGGACCUACGGACUCAGCUUGAGGAGGCCGCCGCAGCCCACGCCCAGGAGGUGAAGAGGCUGCAAGAGCAGGCUCGCGACCUGGGCAAGCAGCGGGAAUCCUGCCUGCGUGAGGCCGAUGAGCUUCGGACCCAGCUGCGCCUGCUGGAGGACGCCCGCGAUGGGCUGCGGCGGGAGCUGCUGGAAGCCCAGCGCAGGCUGCGUGAGAGCCAGGAGGGCCGGGAGGCGCAGCGCCAGGAGGCGGGCGAGCUGCGGCGCAGCCUGGGCGAAGGCGCCAAGGAACGCGAGGCGCUGCGGCGCUCCAACGAGGAGCUGCGGGCUGCCGUGAAGAAGGCGGAGGGCGAGCGCAUCAGCCUAAAGCUUGCCAACGAGGACAAGGAGCAGAAGCUGGCCCUCCUGGAGGAGGCCCGGGCAGCUGCGGGCAAGGAGGCCGGGGAGCUGCGGGCCGGGCUGCAGGAGGUGGAGCGCUCCCGGCUGGAGGCCCGGCGGGAGCUGCAGGAACUCCGGCGCCAGACGAAGAUGCUGGACAGUGAUAACGCCAGGCUGGGCCGGGAGCUGGCAGAGCUGCAGGGCCGCCUGGCGCUGGGAGAGCGGGCAGAGAAGGAGAGCCGGCGGGAGACCCUGGACCUCCGGCAGAGGUUGCUAAAGGGCGAGACCAGCCUGGAGGCGGUGCGACAGGAGCUCCAGGGAGCCCAGCGGAAGCUGCUGGAGCAAGAGAGCGAGUUCCGAGCCCGGGAGCGAGGCCUGCUGGGCUCCCUGGAGGAGGCGCGUGGCACCGAGAAGCAGCAGCUGGACCACACCCGCGGCCUGGAGCUGAAGCUGGCACCCGUCUUCUUCACCCUCAUCCCACCCCUACACACCCCUCCACUCCAGGCCCAUGACCCUGACAUCUCCCUGAUACACAGCCAGGCCUGA